GACGUCAUGUGCGUCAGUGAAAUAGUUCCGUGCAGCAAAUAUUCCUCUAGCACGAGUUCGGAGUUGUUCUAAAUAUAUACAAGUAAAACUGUAUAUAAAAAAGUGUUUAGAUAGUUUAAAUACAGCCGUCGCUGUACUCCACGAACUAACUCAGCAUUCUGUAAAUAGAUGUGAUGAAUAUGGCACGAAGUUUGCGACCUCUGUUUUGGCGCUCGGGUUUGAUGUGUCCGGGUAAACAGGCAGGAGGAAUAAAAGUGCACAGAGUUUACAGGAACCAGAACCAGAACCCUCAACACUCAGAACAGGCUUCACUUUAUAUCCAUUGGUCGUACUGCUUGAAGCGAUGCUCUUACUGCAACUUUAACAAGUACAUCCCUCGCUCGGUGGAUAACGAGGUUAUGACUGAGUGCCUUCAGCUGGAGACACAGACACUGCUGCAGCUCAGCCAAGUUUCUCAUGGCCGUACUGCUUGAAGAGAUGCUCUUACUGCAACUUUAACAAGUACAUCCCUCGCUCGGUGGAUAACGAGGUUAUGACUGAGUGCCUUCAGCUGGAGACACAGACACUGCUGCAGCUCAGCCAAGUUUCUCAGAUCAGCUCGGUGUUUUUCGGGGGAGGAACUCCCAGCCUGGCCCGAGCCUCCACCGUAGCCGCUGUCCUAGAGACCGUCUCUGCACACGCACGCCUCUGCGAACAGGCCGAGGUGACGCUGGAGGUGAACCCUGCGCCCGCAGGAAGAACCGCACUCGGAGACUUUGUGUCUGCCGGAGUCAAUCGCUUUUCUGUUGGGGUGCAGUCACUGAACGAGGCCAGUCUGAGGGUUCUCGGGAGGGACCAUGACCCACAGCAGGCUCUGCAGACGCUGGCGGAGGCUCGGACCCUCUGCCCCGGACGCGUGUCUGUCGACGUCAUGUUUGGAAUUCCAGGUCAGAGUGUUGCAUCGUGGGAGAGCGAGCUGGAGGAGGUUCUGCGUGUGUGUGACGAUCACGUGUCUCUGUACCAGCUGACCCUGGAGAGAGGAACUCACCUGUACAAGCAGGUACAGCAGGGAGAACUCAGCAUGCCUGCAGACGAUGUCACUGCCUCCAUGUACAAAUCCGCUCGGAACGUUCUGGAGCAGGCCGGGUUCCUGCAGUACGAGGUGUCCAACUUCGCCAAACAUAAUGCUGUAAGCACACACAACCUGGGCUACUGGAGAGCACAGCCGUAUAUAGGAGUUGGACCCGGAGCUCACGGGCGGUUCGUUCCCCGAGCGCUGGGCUUGGUUCAUCGUGAGGCGCGCACUCAGACGUUGGAGCCAGACGUUUGGGUGAGAGAAGUUCAGCAGCACGGACACGCGACACGCAGAUGCGUACAGCUCAGCCAGCUCGGCCUGCUGCAGGAGGUGGUGGUCAUGGGACUCCGAAUGACCGAAGGAAUUUCCCACCAGCACUGGGCAGCGUUCAGCCCUGAAGCGAACCUACACCAGGUUCUCGGUGCCUCAUCUGACGUUCAGGAACUUCACCAGAGAGGCGUCCUCAUCCUCGAUGACAGGGGACUGCGCUGUUCCUGGGAGGGUUUAGCGUUAUUGGAUUGUAUUUUGCCUGUUUUGCUGCUGGAGUUGGACACGUUCUUCCACACACACAGACCUGCAGAUGGACAGACAGAGAGGUGAGAGUGGAGGAAGUCUGUACAGCCGGACUACCUGAAAGAAGCUACCAGAUUCCUCCUCCUUCACAUUUUUUUGGAGCUGAUUUUUUGGCGUAACACUGGAAUGAAGAUGCUUUACAUCAAGGCUGUUCAUGCCGGACUGAAAGGGAUAGCCUAAAUAUGGCGGGUUUUCGUCGUUUUCCAGAUUAUGUCAUUAUUCAACUGUAGUUGGUUACUUUAAAGGGGUCAUGACAUGAUUUUUAAUGUUUUCUUCUGUUGGAGUGUCAGGUAUCUAUCUCUUUGUGCAUGUUUAAGCUCUGCAAAGUCCCCAAAACUCAUAUUGUCCCCCAAAGGGAUUUAUCCUAUCUAACAGAGAACACUGCUCCAGACCAUCGUGCCUGUGAAUCUUUUCAGAGUAUUAUUCCUGGACAGUCUUACGGCUGGGUGAUCUGAUGAUAUGAUGGUUAAAUUGCGAUUUGUUAACGUCGUGAUACACUUUUGAGUGUACUAGGCAUAUUUGUUCCUCUUGUACCACAGGAAUGUGCUAUUUACAGAACAACGCGUCGUACCGUUUAUCCGGUUAUGGUUACAUUUAAUGCUGAGGAAUGUCCGGGAAACAGACACGAUAAACACUAGCCUUCUCUCAACCCAAAUCCAGAAUUCAACAAGGGCUAGUUAAUGAGGUUUCUGGAGUUUGUCCUUCCUUUAGGUAUCAUUUCUUAUUUUAAUACAACCUGAGAUAAGGUAGACGUCUGCAAGUUUGGGUCUCUCUUCCUCACCAGGAAGCUCAUUAUAUUACUGCUCAUGAAAUCGUCCUGACCCGCGUAUUGUGAUCAUCACCCACAGUUACAGCUGUGUCCACAUCUGCAUCUUUUCAAUUCAGACCAGCGUGAAUGAACGAAGCAGACCGGGUGUGUUUCUACGUAGCCGUUCGUUCUCCUUCCAAUCAUAUCGAGCGAUUUUUAGGAGCGAACAGGUUUGUGCUUGUCCUUUUCCGCACUAGUAUUCCUGACACACACAAAGACAAAUCAUCCCUUUAAAAGCCUCACUCUUCUGUCAGGAUGGACCACACACACACACAAACCUGUGGCUCUGUCCUUAACAUGUGUGUCUUUCACUGUGUGUGUGUGUGUGAGCUCUAAUACAAAGACCACCUGGAGAAUGAAUAUGCUUCAAAUACAGUGAUGAAAAUUCGACUGAGGAGCCUUUAGAGCAAAAUCCUGGUGAAUUUCUGUGCAGCUGUAAAAGAUGAUAGAUGUAUUUGACACAUCAAAUCAUUCCUUUACAAUACGCGGUGUAGAUCCAUGUUUGUUCGUUUUUGCUGUUGUUUACUCCUUAGAUCGUCAAAAAUAUUGUAUAUAAUUUUACAACUCUGCACAGAUUUGGUUGUUUUACUAUUUAUACCUUAUUUUCUUUUUUUCUUUUUUUUUUACUUGGGAUAAUAAAGGAACAUCUGUGAAUCCUAA